GUCGCCGCCACUGUUGCUCCUCCUCUCCCAGUCUUGGGUUUCCCUGGCAUUGCUGCCGCCGCUACCUCUGCGGUCUGUAAGAGGUGGAAGAGGAGGAUGUGAAGAUGGCGGAAUUGCAGAUGCUGCUGGAGGAGGAAAUCCCGGGGGGCCGCCGGGCCCUCUUCGACAGUUACACAAAUCUGGAACGGGUGGCCGAUUACUGCGAGAACAACUACAUCCAGUCAGCAGAUAAGCAGAGAGCCCUAGAAGAAACCAAAGCCUACACCACCCAGUCCUUAGCAAGUGUUGCCUAUCUGAUAAACACCUUGGCCAACAAUGUUCUACAGAUGCUGGAUAUCCAGGCAUCCCAGCUACGAAGGAUGGAAUCUUCAAUCAAUCAUAUUUCACAAACAGUUGACAUUCAUAAAGAGAAAGUUGCAAGAAGAGAAAUUGGUAUUUUGACUACCAAUAAAAACACUUCACGGACACAUAAGAUUAUUGCUCCAGCCAACCUUGAGCGCCCAGUUCGUUAUAUUAGAAAACCUAUUGAUUAUACAGUUCUAGAUGACAUUGGACACGGAGUGAAGGUGAGUACCCAGAAUAUGAAGAUGGGUGGGCUGCCACGUACAACACCUCCAACCCAGAAACCCCCCAGCCCUCCUAUGUCAGGGAAAGGGACACUUGGGCGGCACUCCCCCUAUCGCACACUGGAGCCAGUGCGUCCUCCAGUGGUACCAAAUGAUUACGUACCUAGCCCAACCCGUAAUAUGGCUCCCUCGCAGCAGAGCCCUGUGAGGACAGCUUCUGUGAAUCAAAGAAAUCGAACUUACAGCAGCAGUGGGAGUAGUGGAGGAAGCCACCCAAGUAGUCGGAGCAGCAGUCGGGAGAACAGUGGAAGUGGGAGUGUAGGGGUUCCAAUUGCUGUUCCUACCCCAUCUCCUCCCAGUGUCUUUCCAGCCCCUGCUGGCUCUGCUGGCACUCCUCCCCUUCCUGCUACUUCUGCCCCUGGCCCUGCCCCUCUUGUUCCUGCUACUGCCCCUCCCUCCACUGCCCCAGACGCUGCUGCUGGGGGUGCCCAGACCCUUGCUGAUGGCUUCACUUCUCCAACUCCCCCUGUUGUUUCCUCCACUCCCCCUACAGGUCAUCCUGUUCAAUUCUACAGCAUGAAUAGACCUGCCUCUCGUCAUACUCCCCCAACAAUUGGGGGCUCGUUGCCCUACAGACGCCCUCCUUCCAUAACUUCACAAACAAGCCUUCAGAAUCAGAUGAACGGAGGACCUUUUUACAGCCAGAAUCCAGUUUCAGAUACACCACCUCCACCACCACCUGUGGAAGAACCAGUCUUUGAUGAAUCCCCUCCUCCACCUCCUCCUCCAGAAGAUUAUGAAGAAGAGGAAGCAGCUGUGGUUGAGUACAGUGAUCCUUAUGCUGAAGAGGACCCUCCAUGGGCUCCAAGAUCUUACUUAGAAAAGGUUGUGGCCAUUUAUGAUUAUACAAAAGACAAGGAAGAUGAGCUGUCCUUUCAGGAAGGAGCCAUUAUUUAUGUUAUCAAGAAGAAUGACGAUGGUUGGUAUGAGGGAGUUAUGAAUGGAGUGACUGGGCUCUUUCCUGGAAAUUAUGUUGAGUCGAUCAUGCAUUACUCUGAGUAAAGCUCUCAGCAGGCUAUUCUUCCCUCACAGGAAUAGUCAGGGCUUCCCAGAUUGUCAGAAAGCUCCAGGGAUUCCCCUCCAAUGAAAUGAAGGAAGGAUGCAAAUGAUAAAAAUGACUCCCCCCCCCCUUUGGUUUAUCUCCCAGUAUUAAAAAAAAAACAAACACUGAAUCUGAACAAAUGGAUCUCCCUGCCAUCAUUUGUACUAUGCUGUAUUGAAAUAAAGUGACUGUUUCUGAAUAUGUCAAGGCUAUAACAAAACUAUGUAGCUAAAGCAAAUCAGAGUAAGAAUGAUUCAGAAAAAAUCUGGGAUCUUUCUCAGGAAUACUGUGCACUCUUGUGAUUUCUCCUCCUGCUGAACCUGUGGCAUUUGAUGUUCUUCAGUGUCUAUGCUAACGGGUGGGUCCCUUAGCCUCACACUUGCUUGAACUUGUAUUAGGGGGAGGGAACCUACAUUUCAAUACCAUACAUAACCAUUUUGAUAAUUGUUUCAGAUGGCUUCUUCUUUAACACUGUAAAUUCUACAUUCUGUCAGCACUUGAGUGAACCAAACAAAUUGAUGCUGAA